UCUCUCUCCCUCCUUCCUCACCCCCCACAUUAGUUGUUACCAUGGCCAGAGCAGACUCCUCAAAAGGUCAGCCUUUUCCCUUCCGCUCAAUUCCUCUCUCUCUCUUUCUGUCUCUCUCAAUCCAAACUCCUCCCCAUCCCUGACGAAAAGAAAAGAAAAGAAAUUAUUUUUCCUCUCUUUCCCCAUCCUUAACAAAGAAAAAGGAAAAAAAAAAAAGUAUUUUUGCUCGCUCUCUCUCUCUCUUUUUCGCUUGCUUUUCUCUCUGCUAUCAAUGGAUCCCAGGGGCUCCUCAAAGGUCCCCCCGGAGGCCCCCAAGUUCCACCAGGCCCUGGGCCUCCCUCGAGGGGAUAAAAGAGAACACCUCACCAGACUCGGCUCCACCAGCAGCAGCAGCAGCAGCAGCAACCUCCGACACCAAGAAAGCAGCAGCAGCAGCAGAAGAGAAGACCUCCAGAUAGUGAUGAUGACCUCCGCAGCACCACCAACCACAACAGUAACCGAGAAAGAGGAACAGCAAAGGCGGCAGCUUGCGCCUCGCCGGAGCUCCAACAAAGACCGUCACACCAAGGUCGACGGCCGCGGCCGCCGCAUCCGCAUGCCGGCCCUCUGCGCCGCUCGCAUCUUCCAGCUUACCCGCGAGCUGGGCCACAAGUCCGAUGGAGAGACCAUCCAGUGGCUCCUCCACCAGGCCGAGCCUGCCAUCAUCGCCGCUACCGGCUCCGGCACCAUCCCCGCUUCCGCCCUCUCCUCCUCCACCUCCACCCCCGCCGCCGGCUCUACCCACCAGACCAAUUGGACCGGAUUCACUGCCGGUAAUACCACCACAACUACUACCGGCCUUGGCCGGCCGAACCACCAGGGGCUAUGGGAGCCGCCGGCUGCCGGAGGGUUCAAUUCGGGAUUUUUACAGUCGGCAGCGGCGGUGCCGGCGAUGUCGAACAUUGGGUUCCACGGGCUGGAGUUGCCUGGCGGUGCCGGUGGUGGCAUGGGGGCGAUGAGCUUCUUGUCGAUGCUCAGCGGGCAGGGGCAGCAGCUGCCGGGGCUGGAGCUCGGGCUUUCGCAGGAUGGAAGCAUGGGUGGAGUCAUAAAUUCUCAAGUUUUGAGCCACUUCUAUCAGCAGAUGGAGCAGGGGAGGGGCGGCGAGGACGGUCAGUUGCAUCAUCAGCAGCCUCUGUUGUCGCCAAAGGAGAAUUCACAGGAGUCAACGCAGUAGACAGGCAACGGGUUCGAGGAGCUUCGAAGGAAAAUUCAAGGAGGAGAUUGAAGAAAAUUGCAGUCGAAGAGGCUGAUAGAAUUAGGCUGGUUGGUUGGUCUUCUUCUGUGUGUAGAUUUGAGAAUUAUUACUGGAGAAAAGAGGUGAUUGGAUUUAGAUAUCUACUGAAUUGGUUACUGGAUUAUUGGGUCUGCUCUUUGUUUCUCUCUACAGAGUUUCAUAAUAGUAGCUGAUUAUUUUACUGGUUUAUAUGGAGGGAAGCCGAAUUGCUUAGGAUGGAGCUGAAGAUCUUGUCUAUCUGGAGUUGUAUAGAUAAGAGAUGAAGCCAUUUUAUUAGGUUUGGAUGGGGUGAUGAUUGGUUUGUAUUUUUUGAUGAAUAAAGAUAUAAGGUUUCUAUUUUUGUCACCGGUGAGAUUCUCUGAGAGAUGGUGCGCCUAAACAUUUACGAUAGUUGCAUAACCAAUUCUUUACCAAGUAAUGGUUUAGUUUUAACUAGUUAUGUUGUUCGCCAUUUUAUAAUUAAUUUUAUUAUAUUUUGAUUGCAUUACUCCAUCAAAUGACCAUGAAAUAAGACAGUGCAACUUUUCUUCUGGAGUUGGUAAUGGUGAUUGAUGCCCAGGGUGCUAUUAGUAUAGCAAACCAUGAUGUGUUCAUGCUUUUAGACAUUGCAUAUGCUUUUGUCUCUAUUCCAUCAACAGAGUCCAUAACUUUGGAACAUUGACACUAGGUUUGACCUUUUCCAAGUCAUUGAGCUUUCCCUUUUGCUUUUCCUGUUGAAUAAAUGCAUCUUCAUUCUUGUAUGCUGUAAAGUUGAGGAAAUAAUGAAUGUGGUGUAGAAUGAGUUAUUCCAGACAUAAGAUAAGCACAUGAUGCUUAUCCUUGACCAUUAAUACUUCAAUCAAAAUGAUGCUUGGUGGUACUACACUUUCUUCAGAAGGUCCUUUUAGCUAAUUUUUUGCUUGUGGCAGUGAUAUGAGUAUUAAGAGAGUAUAGAGGACCUGCACAUGGUUUUCAUUGACUCCAGGACUACAUGAGGUGCAGUGCCAUGGCUUGGUAAUUUUAAGAAGAUUGGCGUUCCAAAGGGUAUUCUAUAAUGACAAGUGUGUGAUAUGUGAAGCAUCCUUGGUGAGAGUGGUGUUUGAAACUUGGAAGGCUGUAUAAGAAAUUUCUAGGCUGGCGUUAUUAUGGGAAUGAUAACUUUUGCAUAACACAAGAAAUUGCAAUAAUGCUACAUGAUGAAACCUACAUGCUUGGUCCCCAGGGACUUUUGUGUAUUUUUGAUCAUGAGGAGAGAGCUGGGCCCGUUGGUGUUCUUGUUGCAGGAAUAAGGUUUGAGCAUUCAUCUUAUGCAACAAAUAAUGCAGUCAGUGGCACAAAUUGCAAAUCAACUUUCUCCACGUUUCGGGGUAUGAUUCUGUCUCUUAAGGUCUUAUAGCCAGUCAAGGUCAAAACAGUCUUUUCAAAUGUCGUUCAGAGUAAUUUUGUCAUAUACUUUUUUCUUACAGUCUUAGCAUCUAGACUCUAGAAGACUGCAUAGUUUCAUGGAUAUGACAUGAUUCUUGUCCUGGCUAUAUUUAGCUCAUAUUAUUACUAAAAAUUUUUGCAAUUUUGUCGAGUAAAAUUCAUUGUGAAUGACAAACAGCCACCAUAUAUUUGAAGAACCUGAAAGAAACAUGUAGAUCUCCUACUGCCACCAUACUCAUUUUAUGCCACCUAAAGCAAAUGUAGAAGUACUCUUGGUUCCUUAGGUUAAAUAAAGUGCUCCUUCCCAUGCCACUAUUCACUCAGAUCUUAAUCUAAAGCCAUACAUUCACAAACAAAAUCUCAACAAUGAUUAAAAAGAUCAUAAUUCCUGCAGCGUAAUGGGAUAGCAUAUGAAGGACAGCAUAGCAGUGUGUUACUUGUAUAAGGGAUGAAACAUGAAAAAAUGGGGUUACUGUGCGUGGUACAGGAAUCUGUUGCAUAUAUCAUUUUUUCUUCCAGUACUUAUGGGAUUUGUAUUAUCAAUUUCAUCGCAUACUGAACAAAGGAACAAACAUAAUUAUAAGCAUAAUGGGAGACAACAUUUCCACUUAUUUUGAGUAUAAUUGCUCUUUAGGUAUUGUGACAUCCAUGAACACCUGGGAGAGUACAUGAUUAAUCUAUUUUCUAACACUUUUAAAUUUAAAAUUACAGAAGAAAUUUAUAUUCUACAAACUGACAACUAAAAGGUAAAACUAUUGAAAAUUCAUGCUGGAAUCUGUAAAGCAUUUCAGUUUAAUGGAAGAAGUGUUUCUUUCCUAAAGGUUUAUGAGUCAUGAAAUGUUGUAACCUUAUUUCGACAAACAACUUCAUUAUUUAUUAACUAUUGACAACACUGUCUCUGUUGCGUCCUUUUGUGUAUGACAUGAUACAGAAUGAAGGCCAAUCUGAGUUAAUUAAUGUGCCAUAUUGCCACGUUUGUCUUUUAUGUGGCUUGGCAUAUGUAAGAACUUGACUGAAGUUUGUCAGUCUCAGUGGCUAUCGAGUUAAAGGAGACUUCUAGUGUUUUUUGCAGAUCUUGAAUUGAUACUGACCAUUGAAUUGUAAAGGUUGCUGUUCAUCUGAAUGCAUGAUUCCAUUCAAUGGUAUGCCUCCCCUCACCCCAUCCCUCUCUCUCUCUCACAUGACCUGGAAGCAUCAGGAACAUCUAUAUGUGAUGUUGUGUGUUCUGGAUGUUUGCAAUUUUAAGCACCAAUCAUGGUGGCUUGUAAUUAAAAAUUCUCCAAGUGGCUGUGUCACUUCCCUAGGAAAACUACCAUAUAUCAUCUAUGCUAGUGUUACCUCAUCAACUUUGUCUGGUUAUAGAAGCAUGCACCAACGAUAUCAGAUAUCAAAAUGCUGAUUUAUGUGACUACAUCGUGGGACCCAAAAGCAAGGUUGAUGAUAAAAGUGAAAGCAGACCAUGUGUUGGCAAUCUGGGUGAACGAAUCUUGGAGUAAGGACAUAGUAAACUUGAUUUCUUUCUUAUUCCUUACCCUUGAUAUUUAGCUUGUUUUAUGUAACUUUGUCCCCCAUUGUCAUUGAAACUUUUUGACCAUGUGCUCUCAGGGAUAAUGGGAUCAAUAUGUUUUGUCCUUUAGAUUUUAUCCAAGGAUAUUUUUGGCAUAUCAUGGUCCUUUUUUUUAGAAAAAAUGUUCCAAAAUGUUGAGAACCAUGCAGUUGUUCUUUUUCCAGCAGUGUCAAGGAUGUGACUACCAAAUGCUAAUGGUCUGAUAUACCAUGAUGCAAUGACCUUCUUUUUGUCUUUUUGAGCAUGCAGGUACCUCAACUCACUGAGGGAAAGAUGGUGAAAGAUUGGCUUCUGUUUGCACUUUGGUUGUCUGAUUUGCCACUGAUGAGUAUCAGACAGACACAGCAAUGCCCCUCAAAGCUGCUGCCAUGCGCAAAACACAAGCAUCAUGUGCAGCACAUCUGGAGUGUCAAUAUUCAAUGGAGUCAGAUGAUAAGCUUAAAUCCUCAGAAGAAGAAAAGGCUGCUGCAUGAAAAAAGUCCAAGAGUAUAGACACGCAUCGCUCCUUGCAGCCAUGAGGAUUGUACUUCAGAAGGAUAUCAAGAGUCAGACUGAUAGCAAAAAAAAAAACAAAAAUUGAUGACUUGUAUGAAACAUAAAGAUAAUCUGCCAGCUCCACCUCUUCCAGUAACUGGAUUUCCUUCUCUUUACCUCUUAUCAUCCUCACCACCUGAGCCAGAACAUGUGCAAAGCUCGUCUCUUUCUCCCUUGUGGAGUGCGGUGUAUCUUUGUUGUACAUCCCUCCUUUGAUGCCAACUCUACUUUUCUUCAGUCAGUUUCUGUCAUUAUAUCAUCUAAUGUUUCCUACCUUCUUUCAUCAUCAAACUUUACACCAUCUUAUUCUUUAGUGCUUGAGUGCUAGUGACUGCAUUUGCUGCUAUUUGUGCCUAGCCCUCACAUGCUGCUUUACCUGGUUAUAAUGGAAACUUAUGGUUAUUU